GAGGGAAAACUGUUUAUCUUCAAUAUUCAAAUAGGCAAGAAAUAGUGCAUAACAAAACUGCUGCAGAUGUUGCUGGGAAUGUUUUGUUAGUAACAAUUGAAGGUGAAGAUGCACGUCUUGUCAGCAUUGACGUCUUGCACUUGGUAAGAAAUGACAUGUGUCACGUGUGCAUCAGUUAUAUGCUAACACGGUCACCACAAGGAUGCUAGUCCUUUAGAGUUGUGAUUAGGUUUUUCUUUGUCAGGGCAUGGAAAACUUGAUAUGUAUAUAAAUGAAUCAGCCGACCCAUGUGAAGGCAAUAUCUUCGAUGGCAGCUUAGUGCUUUGGGAGAAAUAGCACUUGUGUGUUUGUCUCUUUUCUCCUUUCCCUAUCAUUACCUCUUUCUUCCCUAUUCUCCCUCUGAACUCCUACCACUUUGUAGUUUAGGGUGUUGCCUCAUUUUUUUUUAAUCAUUUGUGCACACAUGCUGCAUUUACUCAUCAUCUGCAUUUUCUCUGUACAUAGAUUAUUCACCAGAUUUGUGGUGUUCAGUUAUUUCAUUGUGUUCUUGCUAUUGUUUGGUUGUUUUUCAUAUUUUUUAGUGUUUGAAAAUAGGCUAAAAGCUCCCUUUUAAACUUGGCAGUUAAACGCUAGUUUUCACAUGGUUUAUAGUUGAGGGGGUAGUUCACUUUGAAAGUACUAUGUUUGAAUCAAAUCUUCAUGUAUAAAAAAUUAAUGGUAUUUUCAGCCUUUGGUUUUGUGCAUAAGAUUACUACUUUUGAGAAGACAGCAGGAUUCCAGGCACUGAUUCAAUUCUCAGAUGCUGAGACUGCUACUUCUGCUAAGGAUGCUUUAGAUGGAAGAAGCAUACCCAGGUAUCUGCUUUCUGAACAGGUGGGGCCAUGUACCCUCAAGAUCACAUACUCUGGUCAUACAGACUUAACUGUUAAGUUUCAAAGCCACAGGAGCAGAGACUAUACUAAUCCUUACCUUCCUGUUGCCCAAUCAGCUAUUGAGGGAGGUGGACAGGUUAUGGUUGGUUUGGAUGGGAAAAGACUGGAGGCUGAGAGUAACGUUCUUCUUGCAUCUAUUGAGAACAUGCAAUACGCUGUAACAUUGGAUGUCUUACAUACGGUUUUCUCUACAUUUGGACCUAUUCAAAAGAUUGCAAUGUUUGAUAAGAAUGGUGCUUUACAGGCUCUGAUUCAAUAUCCAGAUACCCAGACAGCUGUUGUGGCCAAAGAAGCCUUGGAAGGGCACUGCAUUUAUGAUGGAGGUUUUUGCAAGCUCCACCUCUCAUAUUCACGUCAUACGGAUCUUAGUAUAAAGGUCAAUAAUGAUAGGAGCAGAGACUAUACCAUUCCUAUUACACCUGUUGUGAACCUUCAGCCCUCAAUUUUAGGACAACCUGUUUCUACGAUGGCUGCUCCUGCUCAGCAAUACAAUGGGUCUCAGUAUACUCUAGUUUCUGACCCAGCUAUGACCCCUCAACCUCAGGCAGGAUGGGGAACAGCUCCACCGGCAGUUGCUCAAUCUAUGCCACUGCAGAUGUACAACAAUGUUUACAUGCCACCACAAAUGUCACCUGGAAACAUGCCACCACAAAUGUCACCUGGGAACAUGCCACCACAAAUGCCACCUGGAAACAUACCACCUGGAAUGCAAUUUCCAAAUCAUAGCAUGCUGCAACCGACAUCCACGCUACCUGCAUAUGGGUUUGACCGCACUCAAUAGCUUGCUCGUCUUCUGUGUCUCAAAUAGAUCUGCAUUUGCUAAGAGUCAGCUGACCUCUGUUGAAGUUAUUUAAAUUAGGGUUCCCAUUUGGUGAAACUGGCAGUCAUUGAAUAAUGUUUUGAACCUCAAAUAGGUCACUUUUAAUUUUCCCUUUUAUUAUUUUUAUAUUU